AUGAAUCAACAUAUGAUGCAAUUUGGAAAUCAACCAACAGGCUAUCCACAGUCAGGAAAUUAUCCUGGAAGUUAUGCUCCACCAGGUGGUGGACCACCACCACCUCCUAACAGUAAUAUGCAACCAGGGAGUUUUCCUCCUCCUAGGCAAUUUGGUCCAGGAGUUUCCCAUGCUACUACACAGUCAAACAAUUUACCAACUUCAACAUCAUCAACAAAUCCAGCAGGAUUUGUAGUUCCUCCUGGGUCUCAAGGGCCACCACCUGUAACUGCUUCUGGAAUCAAACCACCAGGAUAUCAAGGCCCCCAUUUUCCACAACCCUCUGGACCAGUUAUGCCUCCUGCCCAAGGGCUUCCUUUACCAGGUCAGUUUCACAACAAUCCAUCAGCUUCACAAGUUCCACAGCCACCACCAAGUAUGGGACCUACUGGAGAUCAUCUUUCUGGCCCACCAAUUUCGCAAGGACCAAGACCAUUUAUGAGGCCUCCUGGACCAUCAACGACACCAGUUUCUCAGACAAUGCUGAAUGGCCCUCCUGGUGCUCCGCCAGUCAGUAGCCCACAUGGGCUUAGUGGGCCUCCAAUGAGUAAUGUAAUGCCUGGAGUUAGAGGGCAAUCUUAUGAACCGCCUUUUACCAAUGGUUCUCCUUCAAUGAUGCCCCCCCAAAAUUCCAAUUUACAUUCAUCUGGGCCAAUCGAUGCUAACAAACAAUACAUCAAUGGAACUCCGCAAAAUCAAUUGCCUGGAGGACCACCUCUGUCCCAACAGCAACCUCCAUUUAAUUACAGUUCUUCAGGCCCAAUGCCUACUCCUCCAAGUGGUCCACCUAAACCAAGUUAUCCUCAAAUGCCAAGUUUAAGUAAUCAAAACCCGAAUAUGCCGCCUCAACAACAACAAUCUCCUUCGCAAUUACCUUACCCUCCUGCGCCACAUAUGACAUCAGCAUAUUCUCCAAAUCCAGCUAAUUUUAAUAAAGAUAACUUCAGCACAGCAGGCCCUCCUCUGCAACAGAAUGAAAUGCGUCCCAAUUUUCCGCCAAUGAAUCAAGGAUCCUAUCAACAAAUGAAUCAAUAUUCUGGCCUUCAUCAAAAUUAUUCUGGAAUAACUAGCCCUAGUUAUCCCCAACCUCAAGUUCAAUCGAAAGCUCAAAGAAAAUUGGAUCCCGACAUGUUGCCUAAUCCAAUACAAGUCAUGCAAGAUGAUGAGAAAAAUCGUUCAGGAGUAUUUUACACAGACCAAAAAGGAUUAAUGCCCCCAUUGGUAACAACAAACUUUAUAGUACAAGAUCAAGGCAACUGCUCCCCACGUUUUCUUAGAUCAACAACUUAUAACGUACCUGUAACUGCUGAUUUACUGAAGCAGACGUCGGUACCCUUCGCUUUGUUAAUAAGCCCUUUGGCCAGAAUUGCUGAAGGUGAGCAACCACUUCCAAUAGUGAACAUGGGUGAAUUAGGACCCGUUCGUUGCAUCAGAUGCAAAGCUUACAUGUCACCUUUUAUGCAAUUCAUUGAUGGCGGAAGGAGAUUUCAUUGCGUUUUUUGCAAAGCAACGACCGAAGUUCCCGGAGAAUACUUUCAACAUUUAGAUCACACCGGUCAAAGAGUAGAUAGAUUUGAAAGACCAGAAUUGGUUUUAGGCGCCUACGAAUAUGUGGCGACAAAAGAUUAUUGUAGAAACAAUCAACUUACAGAACCUCCCGCAAUUAUAUUUGUUAUAGACGUUUCUUAUAGUAAUGUUAAAAGCGGAUUGGUUCACUUGUUGUGUUCUAAAAUGAAAGAAAUAAUUAAAAAUUUGCCUAGAGACGAAGGUUCGGAAAUGUCAAAUAUGAAAGUAGGAUUUAUAACUUACAGCAGUAGUGUACAUUUUUAUAAUAUUAAGAGUUGUUUGGCGGCACCGCAAAUGUUACUCGUCGGUGACGUCAACGACAUGUUUAUGCCUUUACUCGAUGGAUUCCUAUGCGAUCCAACGGAAUCGGAAGUAGUCAUUGAUUUGCUCAUGCAAGAAAUCCCGAAACAAUUUGCGGAAACUCGCGAAACGGAAACCAUUUUAUAUCCCGCAAUACAGGCGGGGUUGGAAGCUCUCAAAGCAUCCGGUUGCGCGGGAAAAUUACUCGUUUUUCACAGUUCACUUCCGAUCGCCGAAGCUCCGGGAAAAUUAAAAAAUAGAGACGACAGAAAAGUUUUAAACACGGAUAAAGAAAAAACAGUUUUAGCUCCGCAAAAUAAUUCGUACAAUAAUUUGGGUGAGGAAUGCGUGAAAGUCGGAUGUAGCGUGGAUUUAUUCAUUUUUAAUAAUUCAUAUGUUGAUAUAGCAACGAUCGGAGAGGUUUCCAGGUUAACCGGAGGUGAAAUAUAUAAAUACACAUAUUUUCAGGCUGAUAUCGACGGAGAUAGAUUUCUUGCCGAUUUGAAACGUAACGUUUCGCGGCAAACGGCAUUUGAUGCUAUUAUGAGAGUAAGAACUUCGACGGGAGUGAGGCCAACGGAUUUUUACGGUCAUUUUUUCAUGUCGAAUACGAAAGACAUGGAAUUAGCUUCGAUCGAUAGCGAUAAGGCGGUGGCGGUCGAAAUAAAACACGACGACAAAUUAACGGAAGAAGAUGGAGUGUACAUUCAGGUCGCGCUUUUAUACACGUCUUGCGGCGGUCAGAGAAGGUUAAGAAUACUCAAUUUGUCAUUGAAAACGUGUUCGCAAAUGGCGGAUUUGUACCGAACCUGCGAUUUAGACACUCUCGUCAAUUAUUUAUCAAAACAAGGAAUAUUUAAAUUACUCGAAAGCUCCCCGAAACAAGUUAAAAAUGACAUAAUGAACAGAUGUGCUAACAUUCUCGCGUGCUAUAGGAAAAAUUGUGCUAAUCCGAGUAGUACGGGACAAUUAAUUUUACCCGAAUGCAUGAAACUAUUGCCGUUGUACGUUAACACUUUAUUGAAAAGCGAUGCAUUUUCCGGAGGUUCCGACAUGACUUGCGACGAUCGUUCAUUUGCAAUUCAUUGCGUCAUGAUCAUGGAUUUAACGGUUUCCGUUUGUUAUUUCUAUCCCCGUCUCAUAGCCCUUCACAACCUCGAUCCGGAUUCAUACGAUAUUCCCAUGCCAAUACGUUGCACAUACGAAAAAUUACAAGACGAUGGAGUUUAUCUAUUAGAUAAUGGAAUUCACAUGUUUAUGUGGUUGGGAUUGAAUGCACCAUCGAGUUUCAUUUCGAAUGUUUUUGGCGUUCCAACAACUCCACUUGUAGACACAGACAAAAAUGCUUUACCCCCAUUGGAAAAUCCACUGUCGUUAAGAAUAAGAAAAUUAGUUGAAGAUGUACGCGAAAAGAGGCACCGAUCAAUGAGAUUGACCAUUCUUAAACAAAGGGAUAAAAUGGAAAUGGUAUUUAAGCAAUAUUUAAUGGAGGAUCAUGGAAUCGAUGGAUCUCCAUCGUAUGGAGAUUUUCUUUGCCAUAUGCAUAGCCAAAUUCGAACCAUUCUUAGCUAG